CUAAAACAUAAUACAGUGCAACCAAACCAAACCAACCACCCACAGAUAACAGUACAUACAAGCAAGCGUCGUCAGGCAGGCCGGGUCAAUAUCAAUAGGGCAGGUAGGUACAGGGGGAGCAAGCGGAGAUGGGUCGGGGUCACAGGCCAGGUUCAGCAGGUAGCAAGCAGCGUAGUACAGAGGGUCAGGCAGAGGGAUGGUCAGGGUCACAAGCCAGGGAUCAGAACAGGAGAAGACAGCAGAGGUCAGGAUCAGGCAGGGUAGGCAACGAGUAAGUCAGGCAGGAACAGGAACGCAGGUAACAAGAUACAGGGGCCCAUGGAAAAACACACACCAAGGCCCAGACUGCAGGUCUGGCCAU